AUGUCAUCUCCUAACAUGAUUCCAGCAAGUGAUUCUCAUGCUCCAUCAUUAUCAUCUUCUGCUUCUGCAAAUACUUCUUCUCCUUAUCCAGCUACUCCCUCCAGUGAUAAUAUAGAUAAUACAAGUAGAGAAAAUGUGGAGACUACAAAUCCUAUUCAGGAGAAGAGAAGAAGCAAAAAGACUUCUGAGGUAUGGAACAAUUUUGUUGAAGUUACUCAUGCUAAUAAUGUUAAAAGAUGGAGAUGCAAUCAUUGCAAGCACGACUUUGCACAAAAUUCAACUGGAACAACAUUUCACUUGAAAACUCAUUUAAAUAAUUGCAUUACAAAAAAGUUGCUUGAUCAAAGGCAACAAACACUUAACUUUCAACGAGAUGGUUCUACUAUAGAGUGCCCAAUCAUGUUACCACCUGGAGAAAAAUAUAAUCAUCUAAAAGUUAGGGAAGCAUUAGCUCAUUGGGUCAUGAUGCAUGAACAUCCAUUUACUGUAGCAGAGGAGGAGGGUUUUCUUUUUCUAAUGAAAAUUGUGAAUCUUGAAUUUAUUAAAAUUGGGCGUAAAACUUUGAAGGAAGAUUGCAUGAUAAUUUUUGAAAGUGAAAAGAAUAAGAUGAAGGGACUCCUUAAAAACAUGGAUAGGGAUUGGAACCUACAAAAAUCAGUUCUUAGUUUUGUGCAUGUGCCUCCUCCUCGAUGUGGUAUUGACAUUGAAGAUGCUAUGCAUAAGUGCUUCAAAGAUUGGGGAAUAGAAAAUAAUGUUUUUACUAUAUCUGUGGACAAUGCAUCCUAUAAUGAUGUUUGUUUAAGAACUUUGAAGACUAGCCUAUCUAGACAUAAGAAAUUGGUUUGUAAUGGAAAAUUAUUUCAAGUGAGAUGUUGUGCACAUAUUCUCAAUCUUCUUGUCCAAGAUGGGAUAAGUGUACUUGCAUUAACUAUUGAGAAUGUGCCGGAAAGCAUCAAGUUCAUCAAUCACAGUGAAGCGAGGCUCAGAACAUUUUGUGCUAUUGUGCAACAGUUGCAGUUAAGAGAAAAGAAGUUGAUUCUUGAUGUGCCAACUCGUUGGAAUUCGACAUACUUAAUGUUGACCACUACCCUGAAGUUCAAAGAUGCAUUUCCAAUGUACAAAGAAAGGGGGUCCAAUUAUGAUUGCAUGUCAGAACCUGAAGAAUGGGAUAAAGUAGAGAAAAUUUUCUAUAGGAUUAAAGAAGUUAUCGAUAAGUCGCUACUAGAUAAUGAUUUCUCUAUUCGGAAAAUGGCUAAAAAAAUGCAAGAUAAAUUUGAAAAAUAUAGGGGAGAAUGCAAUUUGUUAAUGGCAAUAGCUUCUGUUAUGGAUCCUAGACUAAAAAUUGGUGCGGUUGAAAUUUGUUAUCCUCAAAUUUACUCUGAAGUAGAAGCUAAGAUAAAUAUACAGAAAGUUAGAGAUGCCUUGCAAGAGCUAUUUGAUGAGUAUGUUGCUUUACAUAAUUCAAAUAAUGUGGAAAAUAGCUCUCUGGAAGGUUCUAUGGGUGCUUCGAGUGAUACAAGCUCGUCAUUGUCAUCUUUAAGUUCCAACUGGAGUGAUAUCUUGAAAAAGGUGAGAACAAAAGAUAGUAUGCCUGCAUCCAAAUCAGAAUUAGAAACAUACUUGGAUGAGCAUAGUCUAUGUUUAGUGCUGGGGAGGGUAAUUGAUACGUAUCGAGCAUUUUUAGAUCCAAAAACAGUUGAAGCAUUAAUAUGUGGAGGGGAUUGGAUGCGAAAAGUCCAUGGUAUAAAGAAAAAGAAGGUUGAAGAUGAGGAUUUGAUCAACAAAGAGCAUUGUAUGAGGGCCAAAAUAUCAAACUGGGAGAAUCUGGAGUCUUUUGGAACACUUUUUGCUUCUAUGCUCUUUUGA